UUUGGGUAGGCAGAAAAAAAAAACUCCUGACAUGCGCCUGUGAUUCAGAGAAGUGUCGCCACACCAGGUGGUUAUGUCCUAGCCUCUCUAAUGCAAUACCAACAUCCUAGCACUGCAUCAUAUCACAGGCAAACAGUGGUGAGGAAGGAAUCGACUCAUUAUCCAUCCUUCGUGAGCCUCUCUCUCUCUCCCCCCUGUUCUUUUCUUUAGCUGUGCAUUCAGCGUAUCCAUUAGAGGGUUAUUUUACACUAUAGAGUUAGAGGCAUUUAGAAACGCCAGCUCGGCUGAGCUCCGCACUACAGACGGACCACCGAGUGCUUCUCAGGGCAGCCGCCGAAGACAGCUCCUUCUGUGAUGUAAAUCAACAAAAGGCUAAUUAAGAUGGCUAAUUAAGCUAAUUAAGAUGGGGGGAGGGGGGGAUGAUCUGCCUUCACUGCAACCUCCCCUAGACCAACAUGUUCCUUUAUGACUUGAAGCUGUUCGCAAAAACAAAAAACUAAAAAGUCACCCUUCUUAAAAGGAAGUAUGAAGUUUUUAUUUCAUUUUUUUUGCACUUCGCUUUCAUUUCUUGUGGUCAUGUGACAAUGUACUGUAGGUUAAGACAGGCUAGGACUCGAGGCUAUACAAUACAUAUCUUGUGCGGUCAGAAGACGGAUGGAGGGCAUCAAAAGGUUGAAAACCUCCGUGGCAACGAUGAAGGUGGAGGUUCUAGAUGGCAGGACCAGGCAACAGCUGUGUUUUCUAGAUAAGGUGGAGCCCCACGUUACAAUAGGAGACAUCAAGAGACUUUUUCACAAGUCAUAUCAACAGUUGUAUCCAGCCAGACAGGACCUCAAGCUCGACCCCAAAGGAAAAUCACUUAAGGACGACGAUGUAUUACAAAACCUACCAGUUGGGACCACAACAACCAUGUAUUUUAGGGACCUGGGUCCACAGAUCGGGUGGACAAUGGUGUUUUUGGCGGAGUACAUUGGCCCCCUGUUUAUCUACCUUCUGUUCUAUUUCCGAGUUCCCUAUAUCUACUCACAGCAGGAUGCCUUCACCUCCAGCUCCAACUCAGUGGUCACACUAGCCUGUGCUUGUCACACCUGCCACUACAUCAAGAGAUUGAUUGAGACCGUCUUUGUGCACCGGUUCUCCCAUGGCACCGUGCCUCUCAGGACUACAGUCAGGAGCUGUGUGUAUUACUGGACCUUCUCUGCGUGGUUGGCCUUCUACAUCAACCAUCCGCUGUACACGCCUCCAUCGUAUGGGGACAUGCAGGUGAACUACGCACUGGCUAUAUUUGUGCUUUGUGAGGCUGGUAAUUUCUCCAUUCACGUUGCCCUCAAUAACCUCAAGUCAGAAGGUGGGCCCAAGUGCAGAAAGUUCCCUCGCCCGACGAAGAAUCCAUUCACAUGGCUCUUCUUCCUCGUGUCUUGCCCCAAUUAUACCUACGAGGUAGGAGCCUGGGCAAGUUUCUCUGUCAUGACCCAGUGUCUUCCAGUGGCCUUGUUCACCUUCUUUGGUUUGAUCCAGAUGACCAUCUGGGCCAAUGGGAAGCAUAAAGCCUACACCAGGGAGUUUAAGGACUACCCACACCUGCGCAUGCCAAUUAUCCCACUCCUCCUCUGACCACACGGAAAACGUUUACCAUUCUGCCUGGGGAGUAUUAGAGGCGUCAACCUGCCGGAAACACUUUUGGAGAUUGGUGGGUUACUGUAUUUCUCACAAAGCACGAAGACCCCAUUGGCUGUUCCUUCAUCUAGCGUCAUGGCAAUGAUCUGUUAUCUUUUCAACAACUAUCAAGGACAGAAUUCACAGAAAGUGUUGUGUCAUCACUGUUGUGGAUUGUGUAUUGAUUAUGUUUAAUUCAAUCUUUGAGACGCAGCUAUAUUGAUAAGUUAUUUAAUUGAUUUAUUUAACCGAUCAGGAUGAUUGAUUGACUGUUACAAUGAAGCUACUGAAAGAUCAGGUGCUGUUGGUAUUCUUCGUCUUCAGACGGUAGAAAUCACCUGAAAUUAUUAAGUUAUGAAUAUACGAUUGGAGUUACAGUAUAUAUAAUCUACCAUAUUAUUUUGUAAUAAGUUAUUGUGCAUUUCCUAGAAGAAAAGAGUUUGUAACUUGCUACGAUAUACCCGUUUAGGAAGUCGUCUUGUAACAACAUUUGUUAUGGCUGAAGUGUAUCAGGGCUAUUUUCAGUUUACAGAGUAAGUAGAGAAGGGGAAAUGGAAUCGUUUAACUAAGAAGUGAUCUAGAAGCAAUGAAGAAAUGGAACUUUAGCAGAUGUUCUAAGUUCUAAAUUAGAUUAUAUUCCUCCUCUACAUAUGUUUGAAAGUAACAAAACGACCUGAUGAUUUUAACUUUGGGAGAAAGUUGUGGCUGAUUUAGUUAUGCAUUACUUAUCUAUUGUUCAAACUAACUACAAUCCGUCCAGUUCUCAGGUGUUACUAGAUGUAAGGGGAACUAUUGCAUCCUGUACAAAUUCUAGACAAACUAAAUUAUAGACAAACUCAUUUUUUCGACAAAGUUGUUUUGUAUACAAAGUGUACAUAUGAAAUAAAUAAUUGUGAUCAUUUAAAAAGACAAGUAUUUUAUCUU